ACUAUAUGCUCGAUGGCCCUUUUAUUUCUGAUAUAGACGAAACGGUUGACUUUUUUGCGCAGGACAUAUCCUUGUAUCAAAUUAUCCUAACAAUCAACAAUUCCUUCUCAACUCAUGGAACCGGAAAACCAGCGGAGGAGAACCUUCUUUAUGUUCGCAAUUCAAAAAAGAAUUAUUAUCAGGAAAGUCAAAUACAGUCUGCUCCUGUGUUGAAUACGGGAGCUGUUCCGGCAAGCAUCAUCCAAGCUGGAAAUACUCAUUCCGAAACGGUUCAUCUUUCCCGUCAAUACAGACAACUAGCUACAGAGUACAAAUACAUGCGACACGAAGCAAUGCAAAUGAAUCUGGGAAUGCAAACCGCCAAAAGGAAGCAACCUGAUGCCUCUACGGAAUGCCCCUUUCUGAUGCGAAUUAACAGUUUAUACUCACAAUGCUUCGAAUACUUUGGACUAUUUAUUCAUACCUGUGCGAAUAUCAUAUACCAAAUGGCUAACGUGGAAAGCGACUUUCUCCUGGAAGCCCUUUCACAAACAACGGCUGAAGCUCAGCGCAAAAGUUUUGAAAGUUCAGCCAUUGACGAUUCAAACAGCGAGGAAAACUGGGUGCCUCAAGACUAUGCCACUGCUAGCCCAUCCUUUGAUUUUUCUGAACCCAUAUCGUCUCUUCCCGGACGUGAGCGUUUGAGGAAGCAGGUGAUAGUUUUGUUCAGUUUGACGAGUUUUAUACUACGAUUGUUGAAGUUGUUCAAACAGUCCCAUAUAUUGCAGUAUGAAUACCUUAAUAAACUGCUCUACGACCACCGUUUCCCAGAUGUCAUUACACAUUAUUUCUUGUGCGUGAAUUCGCCGUACAAUAUGCAGCAGGUUGACAAACAAGACAGGAAAGGCUUUUUUUAUUUUGCUUCACACUUUUACAUGGGCGACAAAGGUCCGGAUGCAUUGGAACCCAAGCAGCACUCUUGCAGAAGUGUGCUUACAACUGAAAACAUGUUGCAAAUACUGUCAAAGCUUACGAAGAACAAAAGUUAUCGGUUAAGACAGCUGUCUACAACCUCUUUGAGUAACAUUUUACUGAACUUCAUGGACAUCAAAUGUGACGUUGUUCAGCAUCGUGCAAUUAAAAUGCUUCGUUCUAUCUAUCCCUUUUUGGACUCCAAGUGGAAGCAAGCCAACAUUCGGGCAACAACUCAAGUGUUCCUUCACAGCAGUCCCGAACUGCUAGAGUCGUGGAUGUAUUGUGAUGAUGAUCAAACAGAGGUUGCGAUUCAUGCAUUUGAAGAAAAGCUUAUACGACUACUUGUACGGACAUUCCACAAGCGCAAUUACCCAGAAACGGUGCGUCGGAUUGCUAAUUAUGAGGCCCUGGAAGAACAGUCACUUGAGCAGUGUUUUAAAAAGUCGGAGGUCCGGGCAUGGGCUCUUUGGCGGAUUCCUGAUUCCCUAUGGCGAUACACAACUUCUAUUGCUCAUGAAGACACUGAUUUCCUGACAAAUGAACUACGGCGCAUGGGGAUUCAAGAGACUUUACCGCUAUGAUUUUGCCAUAGUUUGUAAGAAAACGAGCAUUUACACUUACACUUGCAUUUACAUUUACACACAUCUACAAACGCGAGCUCAAAGGACGAGUCUUCCAAUACCUUGAGAGUUUAUUUACUCCUAAAAGCCGCACCAAGUUGAGCAAUUACAGGCUAAUCACUUCACAACAAUCUAACUCCGUUCAUGGUAUUGCUCUCUCAUUCAGUAUUCCCAGCAUCUCAACUCGAAGUCGCUCAAACUUCUGUUUUGCCCACUCGGAUUUACCACACAGCAAACAGUCGUAUCAGAUGCGAUAUCAUCGCUACAAUUUCGCAUCUGAUAAACUGUAAUUUGCUGUGCGGUAUUACUUACGUCGCCACCGGAAUCGUUGGAAAGAAUCGAAUGGACAGUUGCCUCUUACAACAUACAGUUUCAUAACUAUUACAUCCACUAAUGGUACGAUUGAAUGUGGCAGAUGCCACGCGACGGAUUGAUUUUGUUCCAUACCCAACCGUAAAUAUCUUAGCGUUCGCUGUCAAUUCGAAUAUUUCCGCUCUUUUUGUCUUACAGAAAUAUCGGAAA